AUGCUUCGUGGCUUGGCUGUGAUAUUAGCUGGAGCGACUGUAGCUGUCUCAUCGUGUUGUCCUGUAUUCCGUCGAACUCGGAAGGGUAUCAUCUUCAUCCACUUGUGCUCCAUUAACGCUUAUCAUGUGUGGACGAAUUGUGACGAAAGAAUUAUUGGAUCGGGGGCUACUAACAUUCUACUAUGUAUAGCUGCGAUUUUUGUUUUUAUCGAGCAGAUUCUCACUAUUAAUCAGCCUUGUAUGUGCUUUUUGGGUAACAAAAUCAUAGAUAAUAUAGUGGUGAAUAUGUUUGUAGGCUUAUUUUUCUAUUUCAAUUUGGUUUUACUAUGAGAAGCAUGCUUUAAAUGAUUUUUUUAUACAUAUGAGUCACGAAAAAAUAUUUGUUACCUAAAAUCAUACUUUAAUAUUUAGGCUUAUUUUCAUGUUUAGGUCGAGAAAUAGAACUACCUGAAGCUGUUAUUGUUACGUUAUUAAUAGUUGGACUUGAUAAUUUUGUUGUUAAUGCAUUUGAAGCAUCUCCGUCUACCUCAGCAUACUGUUGUUUGGCUAUACUAACAAUAUUAAUAUACGUGUACUGGAAUUUGAAGCGAAAACCAUGGGAGAAGGCCAAUCUUGAUGUGAGUUUACGUGGUUUAUGUUGUUAUUCUUUAGGAGUUGGCUGCAAUCGAGCACGACAGUUUAUUUCUGGACUUCAGAAGACCGCUGAAUGUAACUGGAAGGCACGGUGAUGUCAGGUUGCUACAAGUCUACGGCCGACUUCUUGUUUUAGUAAGUUGGAUAAAGAUUUGAAAUGGAGAUUGUCUUGACUUGUCACGUUAUCAUAAGUCUUUCUCACAUAUUAAUAUAUACAUGUUCAAAGUCAUGCCAUUGUUUUCAGACAGUACCAUAUGCUGCUUCCCAAGUCUAUAUACGGUACAUGUUCGUACUUCUGGAUUGUUUUUCCAUUUAUGGAAUCAUGUUCUCACCGCCUGUAGUUGGGGGUAUGGUGCAGGUGAUGAAGAUGUUGGGCAGAUUCAUCGUGGAACGGCAGCUUCAGAAGCGACUGAAAGAAGCCAUGAAGCGAAUCAAAAGACGAGGAGGUAAGAAGCCUUCUGCCGAGUUGUUGUUGGCCAACGUGGAGGAAGAGUUCAGCUCAGAAGCGGGCUUUGUGACAACAGAAUUCACGUAA